GUACUACUUCCAGUAUGGAGAAGAAUCACUCUGGACAGCUCUCUGGGGAACCCCAGUCUGCACCUCCAGGGGACAAGUCGUCAUUACCCAGUCAAAAUGGCCUGACAGCACAAGAGGAUAAGGAUUAUUCAACCACAUUGCAAGCACCAGAGAAGGAAGCAGGUGCGCAGCCAGAACAAGGAGCUCGUGAUAUCUCUGAAGAGUUAAACCGCCAACUGGAAGACAUCAUCAACACAUAUGGGUCUGCUGCCAGUACAGCAGGGAAAGAAGGUCCCACCAGGGCCAAGGAGCAGCCUGAGGACACAGAACCACCAGACAAUGAGGACAGGGACUGUGAUGAGGCUGCCGAGGAGACUGAGAGGGAACCCACGGCUUCUGGAGAGCCACUCGCAGCCAAAGAGCCUACCAGUAAUAAAGAGCAGAAGUUGGAAAAGAAAAUCCUUAAAGGAUUAGGCAGAGAAGCCAACCUGCUAAUGCAAAAUCUGAACAAGUUGCAAACAUCUGAAGAAAAGCUUGAUUUUCUAUUCAAGAAGUAUGCUGAGUUGCUGGAUGAACAUCGCACUGAACAGAAAAAGUUAAAGCUCCUGCAAAAGAAACAGGUACAAAUUCAAAAAGAAAAGGACCAGUUACAAGGCGAACACAGCAGAGCUAUCCUCGCUCGAAGCAAACUGGAGAGUCUGUGCCGGGAGCUGCAGAGACACAAUAAAACACUGAAGGAGGAAACCCUUCAGCGGGCACGUGAGGAAGAAGAGAAGAGGAAGGAGAUUACAAGUCAUUUCCAGACUACCCUGACGGAUAUCCAGACCCAGAUUGAGCAGCAGAGUGAGCGAAAUAUGAAGCUGUGUCAGGAAAACACAGAGCUUGCAGAGAAACUGAAAAGCAUCAUUGAUCAGUACGAGCUAAGAGAAGAGCAUCUGGACAAAAUAUUUAAACACAGAGAACUGCAGCAGAAGCUGGUGGAUGCCAAACUGGAGCAGGCACAAGAAUUGAUGAAGGAAGCCGAGGAGCGACACAAACGCGAGAAGGAAUAUUUGCUGAACCAGGCAGCAGAGUGGAAACUGCAGGCCAGAGUGCUGAAAGAGCAGGAGACGGUCCUGCAGGCCCAGCUUACUCUUUACUCUGGGAGGUUUGAAGAGUUCCAGAGCACGCUGACAAAAAGCAAUGAGGUGUUUGCCACUUUCAAACAGGAAAUGGAUAAAACGACUAAGAAAAUGAAGAAGCUGGAAAAGGACACAGCCACAUGGAAAGCCCGGUUUGAGAACUGUAACAAAGCCCUGCUGGACAUGAUCGAAGAGAAAGCAUUGAGGGCUAAAGAAUACGAGUGCUUUGUGAUGAAAAUUGGGAGGCUCGAGAACCUCUGUCGAGCUUUACAAGAAGAGAGAAACGAACUCUACAAAAAAAUUAGAGAAGCGAAAACGCCGGGAAAGGAUGACCCAAGUCAGCACACCUCCGACGAGGAGCCAGAGUCAGCUGCCGAGGGAGGGCCGGACGCAGAGGAGGCCGACUGCGUUCACGGUGCUGGGAAAAAUCUGGCCACAACCUUCAUGAAAGUUCAUCAUCCAGAGGCUACCCUCGACCGGUCCCAGGAAGUCCAGCCAGGAUUGGGCAGUCCUCCAGGGGGCGGUGACAGCGCCCCGAAGGAGCCGGAACGGUCCCCUCUGGGCGCCUCCUGCCAUCCAGACAGUCCCCUGCCUCCCCCAGCUCCUCAGGCCGAGGCCGAACCUCCUCCUCCGGGGACCAGCAAUACCCCCGUGGGAGCAGAGGCUCAAGACUGGGGUCUCCCGGCUGCAACACAGGCUGGUCAGCAGCCCCUGAAGCCAGAGGCAGAAGCUUCCACUCCGGGCCCGUGGCUCCCAGCAGGGCCUUCCCUACCGGCGGUGAACGCAAAUGGUCCUGCUCCACCACCCACAGCAGGUGAGCAAGCUCCAGCUGGCGUGCCGGGGUGUGAGCCUGGUGGGCAGCCUCCACCAGCCGCAGCGACAGAGGAGGCGCUGCCCGCAGGGGCCUCAGCGGGGCCCCGGGACCCGAAGCUCCUGGGGCCAGGCUGGGAGGGGUAGCCCGAGCCUCACCCGCCCGUGGAGGGCUGCCCUUCCUGGCUUCACAGCUCUGCCUGACAGUACAUCUUUGGCACUGUCUUCUGAGUGGCAUUAGAUGUCUAAUGGAAGAGACUUAAUUAGAAUCAAGACAUUUUUAAAUGUUUUGCAGAGUACAUUCAGCGUUUGGUAUUUGUUCUCCAUUUAUAACUGAUUUAGAGCUUUUCUAUUUAACACUGGUUGAUGGUAUAAUUUUCCCAAAUGGCAACAGAACACUCAAAUAGCAAAUUUGUAUUAAUUUGCCAUUAAGGUGGUACUUACUUCAAUUUCUUAACAGUAAGAUUUGGUGUUUAAAUAGUUCCACUACAAUAUGUAAAUACUGAAAAUGUGAUGUUCUAUUUAUUUCCAUGUAUAGUUUAGUAAGUUCCACAGUAGUAACGAAUGUUCAGGUUCCAUUUAAACAUUAUAUACUUAAUACACACAUAUGUGUUGAUCAAAUUUCUCUCAUCAUUUUUUGGAUUUCUCUCAUGCAAACUGUUUAGAUGCUAAUCAAAAAAUUAUCUCUUACUUGCACUUGGGACUACAGUAGACUAAUGCUAAUCAGAAGCAGGUUCAGAACACAAAUAUUUAGGCCAUAUAGUGUUGGGCAAAGAUAAGUAACUCAACUGUAAGUCAAUAAAUUCAACCAGUUAAUCAAAUGACAGAACGACAGUUGGGUCAGACAGCAAAUCUGUGCGGAGUACACAGACCCAAAGAGGACUCUAAACAGAAAAUGGGAACCGUCACAUCAUAGACUGAUGACCUCUUCCAACUGUUCAUCCUACACAACUCAGCCCCUUGCCUUGCAACCCUCUCACGCAGUGAGGCAGCCCACUCGUGGAUUCCCAUGAGGAAAAGGUUCGAAGUGGGAAAGGGAGCUAGGGCGUGGAGGGACUGAGGGUCCUGACUGAGGGAUGGAGAAGAAGCGGAACUCUCAUCUCCUGACGGAUACUCAGCUGGCCCUGUCAACUCCUCAGUUCCCUCCUAUCAUCUACCACUCUCUGCAGAGGGUCCCCUACCUCUGCUUGCUGUUGCUGCCUCCAUCUAUACUCUCAAAACAUCUGCUCCGUUUUUCAAACAUCCUCUUUUACAGCUGGAAAUUACACCCAGCCCUCAUCUCAAUUAUUGCUAAGUAAAAGCUACUGUUUUUCCAAAACAGAAGUCCGUAUAGGGUCUCAAUAUCAGUGAUGAGGCUUACAAACCAACAUAUUUUCUCCUUUGAAGAGUUCUCCACAGCCAGAAGUACAAAGCAGGGGACAAAUUGUCCCCUAAUCCAAAGGACUUGAAAAAUAGGUGAGGAUUCAAGAGAAGGCAAAUGCUAGAAACACCUGGGGUUAUCCACAUACAUAUAAAAUUAUCACUGCUUGACAAGAACAUCUAAUAAUACUGAGAGCAUAAAUUGCUCUGCUAGGGUAGCAGCAGACCAACAAAGAAAGAGGAAGGAAGAGAGGGAGGAGAGAGGAAAGGUGGGGAGAAAAACAUCUAACGCAGCCUUACUAUAAAAGUUGAAUCCAAGUAAAAAAAUGGAUAAAUGGAAGAUUUCUGUACUACUUAUCCAGGAACUCAUUCUUCAGUGCCGCAUGUGGCUGCCUGCCAAGGUACACAAAGUGCUUGAAGGCAGCAACCAUAUGCUACAAGAAUUGUGAACUGCAUAAAAUUUGUUUGAAGUAGACAGUGAGGGUAAUAACAAAAUGCUAAUCAGGAAAAAAAUGCAUAUCGCUAUUUGAGAACCUGUGUUUUUUUUAAAGGCUUAAAAUAUUAUAACCAUAGUGUAUCCAGCCAAAUUGAACAUUACUGAAAAUCUUAGAGAUUUAAACAUUCAUUUAAUUCAAAGCCAAAUAUUCACCAUAACAAUCCAGGAGGGUCUCCUUUCCCACUACUUACAGAGGCUACACUUCCAAAAACAGAGUAAGAUUAGAUAAUCAUAGUCAAGUCUCAGUUUGGGUGGUUAGCAAGAGAAACAGGCAGGAGAGGAGCCAAAAUACUCAGUAAAUCAUAUAUUCUAAUGCCCAAAGUUCUUUUUGUUUCCCAUCUAAAAACCUUUCAUAGCAACACAUUACUCACUACUGUGUAUAUCUUGGGCAGAGUUUUGUAUACAAUAACUUGCUUGAAAUUUGUAAAGCUUAAUAUAGGCUUUGGAAGAAUUAUUUUAAUAUUCAAAGAAUGUUUGAUUAUAGUCCUUUGUUUUAGAAUUCAACUUUACUAAUUAUAACAAUAACUCAUAAGACCUGAAAGAAUAAGGGAUCUCUGUUCUGUAUCAAGUUUGUGUAAUAUUUCUAGAAAUGCCAGGUCUACUUUCUAGAAGUACUACUCAUUGCUGGUAUUUUCUAAAUUAAAUAACUCUAAGUUAUGUAUCUAUUAAAAAGUUCCUUCUCUUCCUGAA